GUGGUUAACAAUCUUAGAGGUUAAGCGGCAGAGCGCCCAGAUGCAGCUCCUACACUAAUUUUGAGGGAUGAGCUCAGUCAAGUGACAUCAGUCGUCACAGCUCAACUUCCACUACGAAGUUCUCUGAGAAGAACAAUGAACCGGAGACGGCAAGCCGAGCUCCCGCCAAAUCCUGCCAAUCCACAAGAGUUAAACAUUCCUCCUGAGUAUCGCACCACACUGAAAAAUGAGCCCUUCCUCUUGUACGAAAAUUUAGAUGACGAUGAUGCCUCUACUAUCCUAAUUUUCGCUUCAGACAGGAAUUUGAGGGUUCUUGGAGCUUCACAGACCUGGUUCAUGGACGGAACUUUUAAAGUCACACCAAUUAUCUUUCAUCAACUUUUUACAAUUCACGGGAUGAUUGAGGGUUCGGCGUUUCCCCUUGUUUAUGCCCUAGUCGAAAAUAAGGAAGAAGAAACGUAUUAUCAAGUUCUGAGAGAAGUCGUUGCACAUUGCAAUGCAAGAGGAAUUAACAUUGCAGCGCCUGACACGCUUAUAAGCGAUUUCGAAAAGGCAAUCAUCAAUGCAGGCAGAAGAAUGUUUCCAAAUGCGCAAGUGCGGCUGUGUUUUUACCAUCUGGGACAAAGUUCGUACAGGAAAGUUCAGGAACUUGGCCUACAAGCAGCCAACAUUAAUCCCGAAAAUCGAGAAUUAAAGAUUGCAGUUCACUGCAUGUUAAGUGUGGCUUUUGUACCACCAGAUGACGUAGAAGAAGUGUUCGAUGCCCUUGCCGAGACUCUUCCCGAUAAUUUACAAGACCUGGCGGAUUAUUUCGAAAGAGUCUACAUCAAAGGAAUCAGACGAAGACGUGGUCGAAGAACUCCUCCCCAAUACGCACCCGCUUUAUGGAACCAAUUUGAAGCUAUCGCAAAUAAUGAACCCAGAACAAACAAUCUUACGGAAGGGUGGCACCACCGGUUCAAUGAUUUAGUGGGGAAGAACCACCCCUCUUUUUAUCAUUUUCUCAGAGAGUUGAGGAAAGAGAAUGACGAUGUGGAGAACAUGAUCAUGGAGGUCGAGAUGGGAAGAACUGUCAAAAUGCCGCAAAGGUCAAAAUAUCGGCGUGUCAACGAAAGACUGCACCGGCUAGCGGGACGGUAUGAGGCGAUGAAAACUGCUGGGAGACAACUAGAUUAUCUCCGCGCGUGUGCGCACAACUUCGACCUGUAAGAGAAGUAAGUAAGUCUCUUGGUGGUUACUUCCUCCGCUAAAAUCUCUCAAAAUAGAGUCCGUUUUUACACAGCUCACAUCUACACAAAUAAAUUGUAGGUUGAAUGUUUUGUAGGCAAGAAAAACUGCAGGUAAAUUGCUUCGUAGGCAAAAUGCUUUGUAGAUAAAAUGUUGUAGGUUUAAAUGUCGUAGGUAAAAAGCUGUAGGUAAAAUGUGCCGUAGGUCAAAAGUUUGUAGGUAAAUUGACCUGU